UCCAAAUUUUAUAACCUCAAAAAUUAUUUUUUUUAAGUUAAUUAAAAUGGAUGAAGAUGAUCAAUUAUUUGCAGAAAUCGAAGCAAAUUCCGAUUCUGAUAGUAACAUAGAAGAUGUUCCAUUAACGGCAGCGGAAGUAAUUAAAUUAAUGGAAGAAGCUUGGUUAAAUGAAAAAUUUGCUCCAGAAAUCCUUCCAAAUAAAUUCGAUAUAGUGGAAUGUUUAUUAGGUCAGAUAAAUUACAUGCAAGAAAAUUUGCGUACGUUAAAAAGUACUGAUUUCCAAUUAAGUAUUCAUCAAAUGGAAGUAGAUAGAUUAAGAUUUUUAGUAAGCAGCUAUCUCCGUACCAGAUUACAUAAAAUAGAAACGUUUGUAUUUUUGAUAUUAAAAAGUGAACAACAAAGAAUUGAAAAAAAUGAAGAUACUUAUUUAACUGAAAACGAAAUGGAAUUUGCGCAAAGUUACAAAGAAAGUGUUGAACAACAUUUUGAAGAAACUUUACAGAAUGUUAGUGGAAUUGCUAAUGAUGAAUGGAAAAAUAUGCCUGUUGAACCUAAUAUUCAUAGUUUUGUAUUUUUGAAAUCAAAAGUUGAUAUUGAAGGUGUUAUUAUUGAUGAUGGGACAGAUGAAGAUGGAGAUUUAAUAGAUUUUAAACAAGGGUCUCAAUCAAUUAUUUCUUAUAAUAGUGUUUCUAAUUUAAUUAAAAAUGGAGAUGUUCAUUUAAUUUAAUUUAUUUAGAAUAAUUAAGCUAAUAGUGAAUUAUGAUUAUGUAUUUUUAAUAUUUAUAUUCAUUUUUGAAAUAUUUUGUUGAACUAAAGAUUUUAAAAAUUA